UUAUUCUUAUCUUCAAGGUUAGGGCUCAAAGACAGCGAAUAUUAUUCCAGAAUGGAAGAAGGGAUGGGAGAAUCCAUGACUAGGGUUUGCCCUCCUAAUCUUCGGUAUGAGCAGCAACCGCAGCACACUGCGGGUACCAUCAAGAAGAUUCGACUGGAGAACUUUAUGUGCCAUGAAAACUUCGAGAUGGAGUUCGGAAACGCCGUCAAUUUCGUCCUUGGUCAAAACGGAAGUGGUAAGAGUGCCAUCCUAACAGCAUUGUGUGUUGCAUUUGGUAGUCGAGCUAAAAAGACCGAUAGGGCAAACCAUUUGAAGGAUCUCAUUAAAAAGGGUUGCAGCAAUGCUGUCAUCCAUGUUGAAAUUCAAAAUGAAGGAGAAGAUGCGUUUAAGCCUGAAAUAUAUGGUGACGUUAUCAUUGUUGAACGUAGGAUAUCCGUAUCUGCAAACUCCAUUAUAUUAAAAGAUCACCAAGGAAAGAGAGUGGGCCACCGGAUAGCGGAUCUCCGGGAAAUGGUUGAGCAUUUUAAUAUUGAUGUGGAUAAUCCGUGUGUAAUUAUGAGUCAAGACAAAAGCAGAGAAUUUUUGCAUUCUGGGAACGAUAAAGAUAAAUUUAAGUUUUUUUACAAGGCCACACUCCUACAGCAAGUCAAUGAUCUCUUGGAAAACAUUUCUAAAGAAAUAGGUGUCGCACAUGGCAUAGUUAAAGACUUAGAGGGUUCAAUAAAGCCCGUUGAGAAGGAGCUUAAGGAGCUGCAAGACAAAAUCAAAGCUAUGGAACAUAUUGAACAAAUGUCUGUAGACAUUCAAAAGUUAAAGAAGAAACUUGCAUGGUCUUGGGUUUAUGAUGUGGAUAAGAAUCUUCAGGCACAAAGUGCCAAGAUAGAUAAGCUAAAGAGCCGGAUACCUGCCUGCCAAGCUAAGAUUGAUCAACAAUUGAAUGAUAUUGUAAGAUUGAAGGAAGGCAUCUCUGAGAAGAAAGACGCAAUUGCAAUUAUGAUGGAAGAGUAUACACAACUUAAUCAAAUUAUUGCUGAUCAAAAUCAGCCUUUGUCCUUGGCUAGAAAAGAAGCGCUUGAACUUGAGCAUGACUGCAAUUCCAAAACUAGCAAAGUACAGAAGAUGUUACAGCGACUUAAAAAACUUGAACAAGAAGUCCAGGAUCUUCAUGAGCAGCAUGUGAAAAAUACUCAGGCUGAAAAAUCUGACUUGGAGGAGAAACUUAAGGGUCUCCAACAUGAGGUUCAUACUGCUGAGCUAGACUGGGGAAGGUUAAAGGAGGAAGAGACUAAGUUAAUGAACAACAUAAAUUUGCAAAAUGAAGAAAUUAAGACAAUUGUUUAUAAGAUCCGAGGUCAUGAAAACAAUUGUAAUGAAAUCUCCAAGCAAAUCCGCGAAUAUGAACAGAAACAAGGCAAUAAGAUUAGAGUUUUUGGAGGAGAAAGAGUAAUGCAUCUGAUAUACUUAGUUGAGAAAUAUCAUCAAAGGUUUAAGAUGCCACCGAUUGGUCCAAUUGGUGUCCAUUUGAAUUUACUUGAUGCUAAAAAAUGGGCUGCUACUGUUGAACAUGCCAUCGGGGGAUUGCUCAAUUCCUUUAUAGUAACUGAUCAUAAGGAUUUUCUUCUUCUGAAACAAUUGGCGAAGGAAGCAAACUAUAGGAAUCUUCAAAUUAUUAUUUAUGAUUUUUCAAUACCGAGGUUAAAAAUACCACAGCACAUGCUUCCUGAGACAAAUCAUCCAUCAACACUUUCCCUUUUACAAUCUGAGAACCACACUGUGAUUAAUGUCUUAGUGGAUCUAGGAAAUGUUGAGAGACAAGUACUCGUAAAGGAUUAUGAUACUGGCAAAGUGGUUGCUUUUAAUCAAAGGCCUCGGAAUCUGAAAGAGAUCUACACAGCAGAUGGCAAGAAAAUGUUUUAUCGAGGUGGUGUGGAGACUACUCUUCCACUAAAGGGGAAGGGACCCGGCCGUUUAUGUAGUUCUUUUGAAGAUUAUAUUAAGGAUCUUCGAAGUAAGGCAUCUGAUGAACAAAAUGCAGCUAAUGAGGGUAAAAGUAGAAAACGACAGGCAGAGAUCAAACUUCGGGAAUUAGAAUCAAAUCUUACAUCUGUAAAGAGGCAUUGUGAAAAUGUUGGACGAAGUUUAUCUUCUAAGAAGCUAGCUUUGGAGGAGGCAAUGCAUCAGCAUGCUGCUGAAAAUAGCUCAAUUCCUUCCUCAUCUGUUGAGGAGCUUGAUGUAGAAAUCACAGAAUUCAAGAAGAAAUUAGAAGAAGAACAAAUAUUGUUGGAGGCCCUUCGACAAAGGAAGGAUGAAGCAUCGGGCAAAGCAAAGGAUCUUAAAGUAAAAUUUGACAAGCUGCGUGGGUCAGCAGAGGACAAAUUUACUGUGAUUGAAAAGGCUGGGAAUCAAUGUAGGAAAAUUGAAAGUGAACUGGAGUUGGCUGAACAGGGGAAGGCUCACUAUGAAAAUCUCAUGGAAAACAAGGUCCUACCUGCUAUUAAGAAGGCCGAGGAAGAAUAUCAGGAGCUUACAAAAAUGCGUGAGGAAUAUGCUAAGAAGGCUUCCAUAAUUUGCCCUGAGAAUGAAAUCAAUGAUUGUGAUUCAUUAGAAGGUUGUGAUAUGAAAACCCCAGAUCAAAUCAGUGCUGAAUUAAAAGAACUAAGUCAGAAAGUUGAGCAUGAGUGCCGAAGGCACUCUGAACCAAUUGCUGAUCUUAGGAUGCUUUAUGAGAAAAAACAACGCAAGAUUAUGAAGAGGCAGAAAGUGUACAAAGCUCUUCGACAAAAGUUGGAUGCAUGCCAGAGAGCCUUAGAGAUACGGGGGAAGAAGUUUAAGAGCAAUGCAACUCGCCUGAAGCAGCAGCUUUCUUGGAAGUUUAAUGAUCAUCUGAGGAAGAAAGGAAUCAGCGGACUUAUUAAAGUUAAUUAUGAGGAGAAUACCUUAUCUAUCGAGGUUCAAAUGCCUCAAGAUGCAUCUAACAGAGCUGUUCGAGACACCAGGGGGCUUUCAGGUGGGGAGCGUUCUUUUUCAACUUUGUGCUUUGCAUUAGCUCUCCAUGAAAUGUCAGAAUCCCCCUUCAGAGCAAUGGAUGAAUUCGAUGUCUUUAUGGAUGCAGUAAGCCGAAAAAUCAGCUUGGAGACACUGGUUGAUUUUUGUGUGGCACAAGGAUCCCAAUGGCUAUUCAUCACCCCCCAUGAUACCAGCACGGUGAAGCCAGGACCUAAGGUAAAGAAGAUGCAAAUGCUAGCCCCUCGCUCUUGAUCGGUCUAGAUGUGCUUGCAUUGGAUGAAAAUGUAUAUUUUGAUUGGAAAUCUCACUUAUGUGUGAACAUCUUGUUCCCAAUUCGGGAAAUGUUUUAAGUUUAUUAUGCUUGGUGUUAUAUUUUGAAUGGUAAUUUUAAUUAUGCAAUGUAUAUAAUGAAAGGGUUACGGAUAAUAUGGGAGUAAGAGACUUUUUCACUAAAGCUAUUAGGUGUUUAUUUUGAUAUAAUGUACUGAGUUUAUGAAAAUAUGGAUAUAUGAGAAAAUGAUAU